CAGCGCUGGUACCCGCUGCGGGAGCAGUCGGAGGGGGGCUCCCCCCCCAAGGCUCCGGGGCCUCAGAGCGGGCUGCCCCCCUCCAAGCAGCCCGUGAGCAAGAGCAAGAGCCACCUGGGAGUGAACGAGGGCACCAAGGAAGCCCCGCGUCCACCAGGCAGCAAGUCUCAGAGCAGCAUGGCCGACUCGAGGUCCGGAGUAGGCGGCUCAUCCUCUUCCACCACAUCCGCGUCAGGGGCAGCGGCCGCAACAGCCGGGGCACCCGGAGGGCAUCAGCGACUCUCUCUGUCCGGGCCACCGCAGCAGCAGCAGCAGCAGCACGCCGGGAUGCCCGACUCCAAGUCGUCGUCCGAAGGGCGUCUGCGGACCUCGGCAUCGGCCACGUCCUCUCACGCCCCGUCGCGUUCGCAGAGCAAAGGCAGCAUCACGCAGAGUCACCUGGAGAGCGCAGGUGCAGCCAUCGCCGCCGCAGAGGCCGCCGUGCAGCAGCUCCAGCAACAGCAGCAGCUGCCAACGGCUAAGCCAUCUAAAGCCCCAAAUAAUGUGAAGAAGCACAGACACAACAUAGCCGGGGUGCUGCCGCCGGUGCGGAAGAGCGGGCCGAGCGGGCCGUCCGGGACCGCCGGACGGGGUCGUCCCAGAGCCCGGGGACCUCGCGGCGCAGCUUCGUCAUCCGCAAG